AUGGGGCCACCCAUGGCAUACGUCGGAGAAGGCCCUGGGCCCCAGAAAAGCUUCUCUGUAUACUUGUCUGAACAAAACGCGUCGAGUGCCGAGCAUGAAGCAUACCUUGUUGUAUCUGGCAGAAACAUGGCGGUCGCUUGGUGGGAGAGCCCCGCCAUACGUUCACAAGAACCAAAGCCGCUCCGAGGCAAGACGGGGGCCGGGGCGAUAGGCAAGAAGCCGGCCAGGGCGAAAGGGUCCCCCAUGAUGCGAGACCUUAUCCGCAGCAGCCGUGCCAACUUUGCUAUGUUGGAAGCCGAGCACAAGAAGUGGGAAAUCAAUUUCAGGACUGAUAAAGCCUACCGCAAUAAGCACAAUCUUCACGACGAUAUCUUGAUUGAGGAAAGCUGUUGGGAAACGCCAUUUUUUGGAUUCUUAGCGCGCAUGUGCCGUGAGCAAACUCGUGAGGCGCAGCUCACGAUGAAGUUCAAAAGCAGAUGGCACACAAUGCGCCCUCUUCCGACCCGCAGCUCACUGUGGAAAGUGGAUAGUGUCGACGACUUCGAAGUUACCAAGGAAAGCCGCAGACUAGAAGAGGCGGAAAGACUGGAACGGCAAGCCAGGAAAGCUGCGUCCGAGGUGGGAUGGUUGUAUUACGUUGGCGGUGGAGGCAGUGAUCUGCUAGAAGAGUGGAGAAGAGCUUUCCUCAGAAGCAAUCAUAUCCUAGUGAAGGGGAAAUGGGUCCUACCACCGUCGCUGCAUGGGGCGUGUGCUGACCGGGCGAUGGCGGAAUCGACCACAGUCUACAGCAUCGAACCCGCCGAAUCAUUUGAUGCUGAUAAGAUAUUAGAGAGUGUUGACGAAAACAAAGGUUCUGCAUAUGAACUAUUGGAACAAUAUCUGGACACUGCUAUGUUGGACGAUGAGCCAGCGACCAAAUAG